UGAGUAGUAAAGGCUAUGUUCUACGUAUGACGUACUGACUGAACAGAUUGACAACGCGCACAUGUAGUGUAUUAUAACCUAAAAAUGUUAUAUUAAUUGUAAAAUAUAAAUCUUUUUGUUCAUUUUAAAAUAAUAAUAAUUGUUUAUAUGUGCGUAUUUAUCACUAUUUUAACAUGACUACCGAAGAUAUAAGUUUGAGUUUGAAUAUAACGUCUAAACCUGCACCAACUAAAAACAAGAAGGCCCAGAAAAAGAAAAAACCAUUUAAUAUAAAAAGACAACCGAAGGUUAAGGAAGAUCUUUUACAACGAACAUUAUUAGCACGUGAAAAACUUGAUCACGCCAAUAAAACAGCCGUUGGUAAUGUAAAUAAACCAUCAAAUGAGAAUAAAUUACCAACUUUAAUACCCACAAGGAGAGAUCUUGAAAAAUACAUUAAUCAAACAAUUGGUGAAUCAAAGUCGAAAAAUGUCGGGAAAAUUAAAAAUAAAGUUAGUUCGGAUACACUUCAAAAAUCAGAUGAUUCAGAAGGCGGCAAGCAGUUCUCAAAGAAGCAAAAACGUUCAGCUGAUCUAGACACAGAUGUUCAAUCGUCUAAGAGACAAAAGUUUGACAAUCAAGAUUUUGAUACUGCCCAUGAAGUUAAAGACAAUAAAUAUAAAAAGAACUUUAAUAAAAAAGCAAGUAACACCCAAUCAGGAAAAACGUCUUCACUAUUCGGAAACAAUCCAGAAAUACCUAAAAUUGGACAACGUCUUGUUAAACCAAUUAAAGAAGAAAUAUUUUCUGGUAGUAAGUUUAGUGAUUUGCCGAUUCAUCCGCAUUCAAUAAAAAAUCUUGCCGAUGUUCUGAAUAUUACCGAAUUAACCAGCAUUCAAAAGAAGGCUUUUCCUUCCUUACUCGAAGGAUUUGAUGCUCUGAUACGAUCUCAAACUGGGUCGGGAAAAACUUUGACCUAUGCAUUACCUAUUAUUGAGAAGUUACAAGCUGUUCGUCCAAAAUUAAAUCGUUCUGAUGGUAUUCGAGCGUUAAUAAUUGUUCCAACUAGAGAAUUAGCUUUGCAGACUUACGAAUUACUUAUAAAAUUAGUUAAACCUUUUACUUGGAUAGUCCCAGGUUAUCUGGUGGGCGGUGAAAAACGCAAAGCUGAGAAAGCCAGACUUCGAAAAGGUAUAACAGUUCUUAUUGGUACGCCAGGCCGAUUAAUCGAUCAUGUACAAAAUACAAAUUCUGUUAAAUUGGAUAAAGUGAAAUUUCUGGUACUUGACGAAGCCGAUCGUAUGUUGGAUAUGGGAUAUGAAAAAGACGUUAAGAGUUUAUUAGAAGCUUUGGAAUCACAUAGAAAUCCGUCAACAUACGACCCAAUUGCAUUAUUAAAAAAUUCAGUUAAAAAGUUUAAAGAUAGUGACGAUGAUGAACAAAUAGAAGCUUCGGAAGAAAUCAACAAAGAAAUUACAGAAGAUGAAAAAUCAAAUUCCAUAUCUGUGGAAGAAUUAAAUAAAAGACGUUUGCAAACCGUUUUAUUAUCAGCAACCUUAUCGCCUAAAGUUCAAAAAUUAGCCGGCUUGACAUUAACUGAUCCAAAAAAUAUUGAUGUAAGUGCUGAGAAUUUCGAUCAACAAUUGACAAGUGCACAAAUACCCAUUAAAGAAGGCGAUUUGACUACUGGGCUGGAUUUAGAACAGUUUGUGAUUCCCGAUAGCGUGACACAAAGCUAUGUUGUAAUUCCACCCAAAUUACGUUUGGUCACAUUAUCAAGCUUCAUUAUUGGUAAAGCAAAUAAAAAUUGUAAAAUAUUAAUAUUUAUGGCGACCCAGGAUAUGAUCGAUUUUCACACGGAAUUAUUAAGUGCGAUUUUGGUUCGCGGUGAAAAUGAUAAAGAUAUUGAUAUUGAUAGUGAUGCUGAAGUAGAAACUGAAGACAGUGAAAUAAAAGAUAGUGAUUCUGGUAGUGAAAGUGAUAAUGAAAAUACUUCCUCGUGUUUAGUGAAUGUGCAAUUUUUCAAAUUACAUGGCUCGAUGAAUCAAAAAGAACGUACGGAUGUAUUUAAAACGUUUCGAUCAGUGAAAACUGGCGUUCUUUUCUGCACGGAUGUAGCUGCAAGAGGUUUAGAUUUACCACUAGUAGAUUGUGUAGUACAAUAUACUGGCCCUACAACGGCUGCCGAUUAUGUGCAUCGUGUAGGACGUACUGCUCGAGCAGGUGCUAAAGGUGAAGCAAUCAUAUUUCUUUCACCAACUGAAUUGGAAUUUGUGCGUUUAUUAGAAAGUCGAAGGAUACGAUUUAAACAAACAAAAAUGGAUUUAUCAAAUUUAUCGGUGGCAUUAGAUAACGUAUCCUCAUCAUCAGAAGAAGCGGCAACUGUAUUACAGCAAAGAUUUGAAAAUGCUGUAUUAGAAAGUAAACAAUUGAAAGAUAUGGCUUAUAAAGCCUAUUCUUCGUGGGUGCGUUUCUAUGCUUGUUAUCCAAAAGAUAUGCGUAAGUGUUUUUCAAUGAAAGAUGUUCAUUUAGGGCAUUACGCAAAAAGUUUUGCACUACGUGAUCCACCUAGUGCUAUUGGAGGUGUUGGACAUCGAUUUGCAAAUAAAAAUAAUCAAAGUAAGAAGUUUUCUGCUCGAAAAGGAGGACCUAACGCAAGAAACAAUCAACGAGAUGGCAAUAAACAGCAGGGUCGCACACAACGACUGAUCGUAUCAGAAUUUGAAAGUGGAUUGCCAUCAAAGAAGAAGAAACAUAAGUAAAAAUAAUACAGAGAUUUAAAACAAAAGUUAAGAAAAUGUGCAGAAAGAGGAGUGUCAAAUUGGAUCAUUUCACGAAAAAUUUGAAUUAUCAUCCACUUUUGUCUUAGAUUUGUAACAUCCAUUUUGAUUGAUGGUCCAACCCUGUUAAAAG